CAGGGGAUUGCUUUUCACUUUAUAUUCUCUCAUGCCCAACAUCUGGUAUGCCAACAGAAUCCAAAACCAAACAUAAGAUUCCUUUAUCCUCGAGAUUCAGCUGAUGCUGCAGGAAUUCAGCAGGUCAGGCAGUAUCUACAGAAAGGAAAUAAACAGUUGACAUUUUGGGCUGAGACCCUUCAUCGGGACUGGAAGGAAAGGAGAAGAAGCCAGAAUAAGAAGGGUGGGAGAAGGAGCGAUAUGCAAUCUACUAGAAAAACGCAGCAUCCGUGAGAGGAAUAAACAAUUAAUGUUUCAGGCUGAGAACCUUCAUCAGGAUGCAAUGAAGACCCCUUCUGUUUUUCCUCCUUCCUUUUCUGUCAUGGUCUACUGUCCUCACCUAUUAGAUUUCUUCAGCCAUUUACCUCUUCCACCUAUCUCCUCCCAGCUUCUUACUUCCUCCCUUACCUGGUCUCACCUAUCAUCUGACAAUGUGUACCCUUUCCCAUUCUCCCCCCCCCACCUUAUUCUGGCUUCUAUCCCCCUUCCUUUCCAGUCCUGAUGAAGGGUCUUGGCCUAAAAUGUCAACUGUUUAAUCACCUCCAUUGAUGCUGCCUGACCUGCUGAUUUCCACCUAUUCGUGUACCCACAGUGUGCCCAGGGAGUCCUGGCCCCAGGGAUGUAAGUGGAGACAGGAAGGUUACAGAACAUUGGUUAGCUCAGAUAGUUAGAAGGUGGUACUGAUAAUGCCGAGGUUGAGGUUCGAUCCCUGUAUUGGCAUUGGGUUCAUUAUUAUCACGUGUACUAAGAUACAGUAAAUCUUCUUCAGCUGUCCAUUGAUUUUGAUGUUGACCGAGGCCUGGGCAAGGUUGUAUGGAAGACCGGCAGUUGCCCAUGCGGCAAGUCUCCCGUCUCCACGUCACCAGUGUUGUCCAAGGGUAGGGCACUAGGCUAAUAUGGCUUGGCACCAGUGUCGUCGCAGAGCAAUGUGUGGUUAAGUGCCUUGCUUAAGGACGCAACAUGAGGCUUGAACCAGCGACCUUCAGAUCACUGGACCAAUGCCUUAGCCACUUGGCAAAGCACCAACCAGAUAUAGAAAAAUGCUUGUCUUGUAUCCGGUCUGUACAGAUCAGUUCGUUACACAGCGCAUUGAGGAAGAACAAGCUAACAGAAUGCAGAAUAAAGUGUAACAGCUACAGAUAAAGUGCAGUGCAGUGAUGAACAAUCAGGUGCAAGGUCACAAUGAGGUAGAUUAUGAAGUCAAGAAUCUAUUUUAGGGUGCCACGGUAGCAUCGUGGUUAUUAUUACAAGCUCAAGGCACUGGCGUUCUAAGUUCAGCCCUGGUGACCUCUGAAAGGAGUUGUGCGUCCUCCCCAUGGAAUGAAUGAGUGGGUUUCUCCAGGUGUUCUACUUUGCUCCCACAGUCUAAAGACAUCCCAGUUAGUAGGUCAAUUGGUCAUUGGAAAUCCUCUGUGAUUAGACUAGGGUUGAAUUGGGGGUUGCAGGCAGUGCAGCUUGGUGGGCUGGAAGAGCCUGUUCUGCACUUUAUAUCUAAGUAAAUAAAUUCCCUGUCCUUGGACCUCAUUAAGUUACUCCUGUUGAACUUCCCUGCAGAACUGAGCUAAAAUCAAGGAUGAACGCAGCCGGACCAGGAUACCCCAUCGCCUCUCUGUACAUCGGGGACCUGCACCAGGAUGUAACGGAAGCCAUGCUGUAUGAGAAGUUCUCUCCUGCUGGACCCGUGAUGUCCAUCCGUGUGUGUCGGGACGUGGUCACCCGGCGCUCGCUGGGCUACGCCUACAUCAACUUCCAGCAGCCGGCUGACGCUGAACGUGCUCUGGACACCAUGAAUUUCGAGGUCAUUAAGGGGCGCCCCAUCCGCAUCAUGUGGUCUCAACGCGAUCCGUCCCUGCGCAAAUCGGGAGUGGGAAACAUCUUCAUCAAGAACCUGGAUGAAUCCAUUGAUAACAAGGCGUUGUAUGACACAUUCUCUGCGUUUGGGAACAUUCUAUCCUGCAAGGUGGUCAGUGAUGAAAGUGGAUCGAAAGGCUACGGUUUUGUUCACUUUGAGACGCAGGAAGCUGCCAACCAAGCGAUCGAGACGAUGAAUGGCAUGUUGCUCAAUGACCGUAAAGUGUUUGUAGGGCAUUUCAAGUCCCGCAAGGAGAGAGCAAUGGAGCUCGGUAACAAGGCUCACGAGUACACCAACAUCUACGUCAAGAACUUUGGUGAAGCCAUGAGUAGCAGCCGGCUGCGGGAUAUCUUCAGUAUCUUUGGAAAAACGCUGAGUGUCCGAGUGAUGACUGACCAGUACGGCCACUCGAAGGGAUUUGGGUUUGUCAACUUCGAGAAGCACGAAGACGCGCGUAAGGCCGUGGCCAAGAUGAAUGGCAAGGAGAUUAACAGUCGGCCUGUGUAUGUGGGACGAGCGCAGAAGAAGGCAGAACGGCAGAAUGAGCUACGGCGCAAAUUCGAGCUGAUGAAGCAGGAACGUAGCAGUCGCUACCUGGGGGUGAACCUGUAUGUGAAGAACCUACAUGACAGCAUUGAUGACGAGCAUUUGAGGAAGGAGUUUGCACCCUAUGGAACCAUUACCAGUGCAAAGGUGAUGACAGAAGGAGGCCACAGCAAAGGUUUCGGUUUUGUCUGCUUCUCGUCACCUGAGGAGGCGACCAAGGCCGUGACGGAGAUGAACGGGCGGAUCGUCAGCACCAAGCCUCUGUACGUGGCCCUGGCGCAACGCAAGGAGGAACGCAAGGUGCACCUCACCAACCAGUACAUGCAGCGGCUGGCCAACGUGAGAACGCUGCCCAGCCCUCUGCUGGGCUCCCUGCUGCCCUCUGGGUACUACAUGCCCUCUGUGCCACAGGUUCAGAACCGCACAGCGUACUACGCCGCCUCUCCCGUAGUCCGACAGUCCCAGCGCUGGGCAGCUCAGCCUGUCAGACAUCCCACAUCUCCAGAAUCUCAUGAUUACAAGCAGGCAACGUCCUCUUUAGUGCGCAGGUUCCAAGAAUACUCCAUAACCAAAAGUUUCCGUCAAUCGUCGGCUGAGAUAACAAAGGUUGGUACAGAUUAUUACAAAUCAUCUUGGUUAGCAUUCAUUAAAUAGUGUGGAUCUAAGCCACAGAUCCUGAACUGAUUUGUUGGAAGGCGGAAUGACAGAUUGUAGGAGUUCCCAACCUGUUUUGUGCCGUGAAUCUCUACUGUUAACCCCAGGCUGGAUUAAAGAGUUAACCUGUUUACCAGAAUCUGAAGCUGAUGAAAUACAGAUUCCUGUUAUCAUAAAAUAUUACAUCAAUAUAGAUGAUCUGAACACUUUCAGAAGCUAAUUCGGGGGAACUGGACAACCGCCAGGUCCAUAAUUCUUUGAAAGUGGCGUCACAGGUACAUAGGGUCAUAAAGUUUUUGGCAAAUUGGCCUUCAUGAAUCAAUGUAUUGAGUACAGGAGAUGGGAUGUUGUGCUGAAGUUGUAGAAGACAUUGAGGCCCAACUUGGGGUAUUGUGUGCAGAUUUGGUCAUCUACCUACAGGAAAGAUGUAAAUAAGGUUGAAAGUGUGCAGAGAAAAUUUACAAGGAUGUUGCUGGGACAUGAGGACCUAAGUUAUAGGAAAAGUUGAACGUGUUAGUACUUUAUUCCCUGGAGCGAAGGAGAAUGAGGGGAGAUUUAAUGGAGCUACUCAAAACUAUGUGAGGUAUACAUAGGGUAAAUGCAAGAGGGUUUUUCCCACUAAGGUUGGGUGGGAUUAGAGCUAGAGGUGAAAGGCGAAAUAUUGAAGGUGAACUUGAGGGGCAUCUUCACUCAGACCGUGGUGAGAGUGUGGAAUGAGCUGCCAGAGCAAAUGGUGCAUGCAGGUAACAUUUGAGAAGUCUGUAUAUGGAUGGGAGGGUUUUGGAGCGUAUGGUCCAGGUACAGGUCGAUGGGGCUAGACAGAAUAACAAUUUAGAACGGGCUAAAUGGACCAAAGGGUCCAUCUUUCUGUCUUUUUGUGUUAUUCAUAGACUUCCCACCAGAGGGCGGGCUCGACCACAAAUUGUCUGAUCGCUUGGAAACGAGGGAGUAAAUCGGGAUGGUUUGUGAUUUGAAAUCAAUUUAUCAAUCAGUGUUGGAGGUAAUUUUCCCCCUGGCUGGGGUGUCUACAACCAGAGAAAUGUCUUAAAACAAGGGUUACACCAUUCAGGCCAGAGAUGAGAUUUUUUUCAUCCAGAGGGUGUUGAAUCUGAUGAGAUUCAUUCAGAUCAGGAUUAUCACUGGCAAAUGUGAAAUUUAUUGCUUUAUGGAGCCAUACAGUGCAAUACAUUGAAAAUUACUAGGUUACAAUAAAAAUAUAUUUUAAAAAAACAAACUGCAAAAAAAAAGCAAAACGGUGAGUGUUGUUAACACGAGAAUCUGCAGACGUUGGAAAUCCAGAGCAACACACACAAAAUGCUGGAGGAACUCAGCAGGUCAGGCAGCGUGCAUGGAGAGGAAUUAACAGCUGUAGUUUCGAGCUGAGACCCUUCAUCGGACCUCAACCUGAAACAUCGACUGCUUACUCCCCUGAAUAGAUGCUGAGUUCCUCCAGUGUUUUGUGUGUGCAGAAAUAGUGACGUGUUUGUGGACCAUUUUCAGAAAUCUGAUGGCAGAAGUGGGGGGGUGGGGGGAAGCCUGUUGGUAACAAGCUGAGUGCGUCCUCAGGCUCCUGUACCAUCAGGAAGGUAUGUGUCUUGGGUGAAGGGAGCCCAUGAUGGAACUGCCUUUCUCUACUUUUAGAAAGCUUGUUGGAGGGAACAGCAGCAACUCAUCAUCGGGAGGCGUUUAGGAGUUGAGAGGCGGCAUGUCGAGUCCCUGUGAGAGUAACAACAGUAUGAUUGAGGAAAUCGAGGGCUUCAUCAGAAAAGGAAAGAAGCUUGCAUUGGGUGUAGGAAACUGACAUUGAGCAAGUCCUUUCAAGGUUUGGAGGUUACAGGAGAAAUGAAGAGAGGGUGGACGAGGAACAUAGAUUGGGCUUGACUAACAGAAUUAGAGAAUACAAAACCCUUGUUAUAAAUACGUACAGUAUAUUGAAAGCAAGAGAAUAGAUUGGGAUAAAGUACGGGACUGGAAGGGAAGUGGGGCCAGGGGGUAUGUGUAGUAUUCUGCAGGGUGUUUGGAGAUUUGGGGGAUGAGGAGACUUUAGAGAGAUUGAGGCACGUUAAAGUGGGCCUGGUGAAACCUAAACCAGGAACGGUGAUUGCUGGGUCUCCAAGGGAGAUACGUCUUUGGGUGAGAUACCAGCAGAGUGGAGGGCAGCCCAAUGGCCUCGGAUCAAGAAAGUGGUAAGGAUAAGCCAGGAAACUACAGCCCCUGUGUAAGCACUAGGGGCUGGAAUCUUGGAAAUGGGAUCACUUGGGAAGCUGGAGAGAUCAGAGGGAGUCAUCGAGGUUUUGCGCUGGAGAGAUCUUGCUUCUCAAAUCUGGUCUUUAUUUUAAGGAGUUACUACUGAGAUCACUCAAGUUGAGUGUUGUCUGCUAGGUGGUUGUCUGUUGGUAGGUCCCCAGGUGAACAGAAGGCAGGGCAGUAGAUCCAUGUACUCCAGGCCUCUGAGAUCCCACACUGGCUCCUGGCUGGACCAAGACGUUCAGGCACAUGGCGGUGAACGUGGGUUGGUGGCUCCUUCUGACCAAGUGAGAGACCUUUGUUUGCAAAAUAACUUGAAUGAGAAUGUCUGGUUUGGCCACACUAGGACGAGUACGGACGUAAGUGUUGAGGGUGGCUUCACAGGGAUACAGAGCUGAGCAGGAGGUGGCAGAGGGGCUCUAAUCCAGGCACGUGUGAGGUGAUGCAUUCCAGGCUUACUAACACAGCCUGGACGUGGUGAGGACCUUCGAUACAUUGAUGUGCAGAGGUACAAAAACGCUGGAGGAACUCAGCAGGUCAGGCAGCAUCUGUGGAAGGGAAAUGAGCCAUUGAUGUUUUGUGCUGAGUCCCUUCAUCGGGACCUAACAAAGUACCCUGGACUGAAAUGCCGACUGUUUACUCUUUUCCGUAGAUGCUGCCUGACCUGCUGGGUUCCUCCAGCAGCUUGUGUGUCGAUUUGCAGCACCGGCAGAAUUGCAUGUUAGUGAUGUACAGAGUCAGCUUGUGGUCCCUGAAAGUGGGGAGGGGGUCGAGAAGAUAGUGGAGACAUUUUAAUUUGUAUGCCUUCAUAGUCGGGAGUAAGAGUUGGGAUAGGGAGGGGAUAUCAUAUUGCAACGACAUCAGACCCUGGUUAGGCCGCACCUGCGUGUGGUUCUGGUUGCUAAACUUCUGCACAUUGUUUGUCAGUCAUCGUUUUUCAUAAAUUCUAUGGGAUUUCUUAAUUUUGUUGUAAAUGCCUGCAAGAAAUUAAUCUGGGUAGUGUGUGGUGAUGUAGACUUUGAUUAUAAAUUGAAUUUGAACUUUGAAAAGAUGUGCCAAUGAUAGAGUGCAGAAGAGACUUCCCAACAUUGCCUGGCUUGAAGGAUUUGGUGACGAGCAGAGAUUUGAUUGGCUGCACCUGAGUUAACAAGAAUCGGAACCCCGUCUGGAGUUGGUGCCUUGGCCGCCCGGGUCUGAGGGUGUGGGGGAUGAAUCAGUCUGCGAAGUGAUGUGUCCCCAUCCCCUGUCCGUGUUAGAGCAGUGGCGAUCCCUCCCAUGUUUAUGCUGAGACACAGUCCGGACGGAAUAGCCCUGUGGCUCAGCAACCCCCGAUUCGUAACCCUAGCCUCAUCACAGGACCAUCUGCCGUGACCUACUAACAGGUACGCCUUUGGGCUGUGGGGGAGAAACUGUAGUGUCCGAAAGAAACCCACGCGGUUCAUGGGGAGGAUGACGUCAGGGUUGAACUCUGCACUCCGAGCUGUAAUAACAUCGCACUGUGGUGUCCCUUUGUGACUGGUCCUUGGAUUCUUGUC